AUGGGCAAGACGGCGGGACCUGCGCGGCCCUCGGCGGUGGUGCGCGACCAAGUGUACCGCUCCAAGGCGCGGGGACUGCAGGACACGUCGAAUCUGCCGGCGCUGCAGAACCUGCUCAAGCGCCAGCCGUCGGCGUACACGGAAGAGUUCCUGGCGCAGUGGAACCACUAUGAGAGUCUGCGCCGGAUCUAUGCGUCGGGUCUCGGGCAGUCUGUGGAAGGCGCUGAUGUGUCGGGUGUGCAGAGCGUGCGCAUGAGCAAGGACCAGCAGGCGCAGCUGGAGCAGCUCGUGUCGUUUGUCACGCAGCUGGCGCCGAGCUACCCGGCGGUGACCAAAGAGCUGCCCUCGCACCUCAGUGAGCUCCUGCUCGAGCACCACGCGAGCUUGAGCCCGGAUCUGCGGCGCACAUGCCUCCGGUGCCUCGUGAUGCUGCGCCACCGGCAGGUCAUCACCAGCGAGACGCUGCUCCGGACGCUGUUCCCCCUGCUGAGCCGCACGACGUCGUCGGAGAUGCGCACGACGAUUCUGAAUGCCAUUGUGCACGAUCUCAAGCAGGCGAACCACAAGACGAAGGACCCCCGCCUGAACCGCAUGGUGCAGGGCCUGCUCUUUGGUAUGGUCGAGCGGGGCCUCCCUGCGGAUGGCGCCGGCGCCACCGUGCUGCGCCGUGCAGACGCCGAGCUCAAGGGCCGCACAGAGGCGCUCUGGGCCGUGCGUGUCGCUGCGGAGAUGUGGCGGCGGCGCAUCUGGACGGACGACCGCACGGUGGCGCUCCUGGCCAUGGCGUGCACGCACCCCCAUCCGAAGGUGCAAGCGUCGGCGGUGCGCUUCUUCCUCGGCGACCUGCACGCGUCGGAGGCAGGGGCCGACGAGAGCGACGACGAGUCGAAUCCGCGCGCGGAGCUCGGGCGCCUCGAGCACCAGCGCAAGGUCGGCAAAAAGUCCAAGGCGGGUGAGCGCAAGCUCAAGCUUGCCAAGGCGCACGCGCAGCGGCGCCGCAAGGAGCAGGACGAGAAGGCGCUCGAGCGCGCGGACCAGGACAGCGGCAACAUGGCUGCGAUCCACCUGCUGCACGACCCGCAGUCGUUCGCGGAGCGCGUGUUUGAGAACCUGACGCGCAACGACAAGCGGCACUCGCUCGAGAUGAAGGUGCGCCUGCUGCAGCUGCUGAGCCGCGUCAUGAGCGCGCACCGCCUCGCGGUGCUGAGCUUUUACAGCUACCUGGCCAAGUACCUCGUUCCCCACCAAAUGCACAUCACGCUGAUCCUCGUGGCGCUCGCGCAGUCGGUGCACGACCAGACGCCGCCUGACGUGCUUACGCCGGCGCUCCGGAAGAUUGCCUAUGCGUUCGUGCACCCCGGCGUCGGCGCCGAGGUCGUGGCCGCUGGCAUCAAUACGAUCCGCGAGGUGUGCCGCCGGCAGCCGUGGUGCAUGGAGGAGGACCUGCUCGAGGAUCUCGUGGCGUACCGCCGCUCCAAGGACAAGGGCGUGAGCGCCGCGUCGCGCGGGCUCAUGCAGCUGUACCGCGAGGUGAAUCCCGCGAUGCUGCGCCGCGCCGAGCGCGGCAAGUCGGGGGCGAUGGCGCUGGCCCACGGCCAUGCGGCCGAGCGCUACGGCACGGAUCGGCGCGAAGUGCAUGGGAUUCAGGGCAUCGAGCUGCUCGAGCAGCACCUCAGGGAGCACGGCGACGACGAGGGCGACGACGACGAGGGCUGGGACGGCUGGGAGCUGGAGAGUGCGUCGGACAGCGACUCGUCCGGCUGGAUCAACGUGAGCUCCGACGACGACGAGGGGCACAUUGAGCUGGACUCGAGUGACGACGAGGCGCCGCCGCGCGCGGACAAGGCGGCCGAUGAGCGGCCGAUGAGCGAGCGCGUGCGCGAGUCGCGUCGGCAGCGCAGGGCGGCACGGCAGGCGCGCGCCGAGGCGCCGGCGAGCGACGAGGACGGAGAGGCGCCGCCGGCGCCUGCGCCGACCGAGGCGCCUGAUACCUUCUCGGAGCUGGCUACGACGAAGAUUUUGACGCCGGCCGACUUUGCCAAGCUGAAUGAGCUGCGCCUCGCCGCGGCGGAGGAGAAGGCCAAGGAGGGCGGCGCCGCGGGUGCGCAGGCGCGGCGUGAGCUGGCGGCGCUGCAGCUGCAGAAGAAGCGGACGAGCGGCACAGGCGAGGUCGUCGACGAGUCCGAUAUCCUGGGCCCGCGGAAGAAGGCCAAGGCCGACUAUGAAGAGCGUAUGGCGAGCAUCCAGAGCGGGCGCGAAGGGCGCGACAAGUUUGGCAGCCGCAAGGGCAAGAAGAACAAGGAGGUCGCGAGCAGCUCGACGAACCGGCAGAAGGCGCGCGGCAAGAACUUCCAGAUGGUCGCGCAUAGCUGGGGCGUGCGCAGCAAGAAGAAGGCGUCGCUGCGCGAGAAGAGCAAGCGUCUGCGGAAGCAUGUGACGCAGGCGAAGAAGCGGCUCAAGUAG